GCGGCGCGGAGGCGGCGUGCGUGCGGCGUGCGUGGGGAGCGCGGCGGCUUGCGUGGCGGCGGCGUGCGUGGCUGCGCGCCCGACCCCAGCGACGCCGGCCCGCAGGCCUCGGCGCGGCCCGCACCCGCCCUCCCGCGCCAUGGCCGAGCCCCCGGCCGCCCGGCGCGCCGUGCCGCUGCUCGAGUCGGAGCUCUACUUCCUCAUCGCCCGCUACCUCUCGGCCGGCCCGUGUCGGAGAGCCGCCCAGGUGCUGGUGCAGGAGCUGGAGCAGUACCAGCUGCUGCCCAAGAGGCUGGACUGGGAGGGCAACGAGCACAGCAGGAGCUACGAGGAGCUGGUGUCCUCCAGCAAGCACGUGGCCCCCGACCACCUGCUGCAGAUCUGCCGGCGCCUCGGCCCCAUGCUGGACAAGGAGGUCCCGCCCAGCACCGCCGGAGCGGCUUCCUUGCUGGGCGCGGGGAGGCAGUCUCUGCUACGCACAGCCAAAGACUGCCGGCACACGGUGUGGAAGGGCUCUGCCUUUGCUGCUCUUCACAGAGGAAGACCCCCGGAAAUGCCCGUCAAUUACGGUGCCCCGCCGAAUCUCGUGGAGAUCCAGCGCGGAAAGCAGCUCACGGGCUGCUGCACGUUCAGCACGGCGUUCCCGGGAGCCAUGUACCAGCACAUCAAGAUGCACCGCAGGAUCCUGGGACACCUGUCUGCCGUGUACUGCGUGGCUUUUGAUAGGACGGGACACAGGAUCUUCACGGGGUCCGAUGACUGCUUGGUGAAGAUCUGGUCCGCACACAACGGCCGCCUCUUGUCCACACUGAGAGGCCACUCUGCAGAGAUCUCCGACAUGGCGGUGAGCUAUGAGAACACCUUGAUCGCCGCAGGGAGCUGUGAUAAGAUCAUCCGCGUGUGGUGCUUGAGGACGUGCGCCCCGGUCGCCGUGCUGCAGGGACACUCGGGCUCUGUCACCUCUCUGCAGUUCAGCCCGAUGGCCAAGGGCUCCCAGAGGUACAUGGUCUCCACCGGUGCUGAUGGCACAGUCUGCUUCUGGCAGUGGGACUUGGAGACCCUGCGAUUCAGCCCACGUCCCCUGAAGUUUACUGAAAAGCCCAGACCGGGUGUCCAGAUGCUCUGUUCUUCCUUCAGUGUAGGUGGGAUGUUCCUAGCCACCGGCAGCACCGACCAUGUCAUCAGGAUGUAUUUUUUGGGCUUCGAAGCACCAGAAAAAGUUGCCGAACUCGAGAGCCACACCGAUAAAGUUGAUAGUAUCCAGUUUUGUAACAAUGGUGAUCGGUUCUUGAGUGGGAGCAGAGAUGGAACAGCGCGAAUCUGGAGAUUUGAACAGUUGGAAUGGAGAAGCAUUUUGCUGGACAUGGCUACCAGAAUCUCGGGGGACGUCUCUUCGGAAGAGGAGAGGUUCAUGAAGCCUAAAGUAACCAUGAUAGCUUGGAAUCAGGACGACAGCAUUGUCGUCACCGCUGUGAACGACCAUGUCCUCAAGGUGUGGGAUUCCUGCACUGGGCAGCUGCUCCAUAACUUACUGGGGCAUGCUGAUGAAGUGUUUGUUGUGGAGACACAUCCCUUUGAUUCCAGAAUUAUGUUAUCUGCAGGACACGACGGCAGCGUCUUUAUAUGGGAUAUUACAAAAGGCGCCAAGCUGAAGCACUACUUCAAUAUGAUCGAAGGACAGGGCCACGGGGCUGUGUUUGACUGCAAGUUCUCCCCGGACGGACAGCACUUCGCGUGCACAGACUCUCACGGGCACCUUCUGAUCUUUGGCUUUGGAUGCAGCAAGCCGUACGAAAAGAUUCCCGAUCAGAUGUUCUUCCACACUGACUACCGGCCCCUGAUCAGAGACUCGAAUAAUUACGUCUUAGACGAGCAGACGCAGCAGGCUCCACACCUCAUGCCUCCGCCGUUCCUGGUUGACGUGGAUGGGAACCCUCACCCGACCAAGUACCAGCGGCUCGUUCCGGGCCGAGAGAACUCUGCAGAGGAGCACCUGGUCCCGCAGCUGGGCUACGUGGCUACCAGUGACGGAGAGGUGAUCGAGCAGAUCGUGAGCCUGCAGACCCACGACGCCGGGGAGCGCAGCCCCGAGGCCAGCGUCCUGGACGGGAUGAUCCGGCAGCUGCAGCGGCAGCAGGACCAGAGGCUGGGCGCCAGCGGGCUCGCCGACGGGGAAGAGACGCCCCGCCGAGGUUUCAGAAGGCUGAGCCUAGACAUCCAGUCCCCUCCGAACAUCGGUCUGCGCAGGAGCGGGCAGGUGGAAGGGGUCCGGCAGAUGCACCAGAACGCGCCCCGGAGCCAGAUCGCUACCGAGAGGGACCUGCAGGCCUGGAAGCGCAGGGUGGUCGUGCCAGAGGUACCACUAGGCGUAUUUAGGAAAUUGGAAGACUUCAGGAUAGAGAAGGGUGAAGAGGAAAGAAAUCUUUAUAUCAUUGGAAGAAAAAGAAAGAGCCUCCAGCUUUCCCAAAAGCCUGAUUCCGUGCUUUUGACGUCACAGCCGAGGCAGAGGACGUGCAGGCGAAGACUUCCCGUUUAUGGCAGAAGGAGCCCCGGACAGGCUGAGUUAGCUUCUGGAAACGAGUCCUCAAGCUCCGUGAGACAUGAGACGUCCUGUGACCAGAGUGACGGGUCCUGUUCUUCUGAAGAAGAAGAAUGGAAGAGUGAUAGAAGGAGCGGCAGUGACAGCGAGAGUUCGAGUGACUCCUCCUCCCGCUACUCGGACUGGACCGCAGACGCCGGCAUCAGUCUGCAGCCCCCCCUGCGCACGUCAGCCCGGCGGCGGGCCGCUCGGUUCUGCAGCAGCUCCGAGGAUGAGCUGUCCCCCGAGAACUUAUCUCCUCCCCGAAGACGACGGAAAAGGAAAAAGGAAAAUAAACCCAAGAAAGAGGGCUCCAGGAGGGCGUCUUCAGCAGAGCUGACCAGCGCGGAGCUUUCUGAGUUCCACCCUCCCGUGUGGAUAACCGACACCACGCUGCGCAAGUCUCCCUUCGUGCCUCAGAUGGGCGACGAGGUGAUCUAUUUCCGGCAGGGGCACGAAGCGUACGUCGAGGCCGUCCGGAGGAACGACAUUUACGACCUGAACCCUCACAAAGAGCCCUGGAGGAAGAUGGAGCUCAGGGAUCAAGAACUGGUGAAGAUAGUCGGAAUCCGGUACGAGGUCGGGCCCCCGACUCUCUGCUGCCUGAAACUGGCGUUCAUCGACCCCGCCACCGGGAAGCUGACGGACAAGUCCUUCUCUAUCAGGUAUCACGACAUGCCGGAUGUCAUCGACUUCCUUGUGCUGCGUCAGUUCUAUGACGAAGCAAGACAGAGAGGCUGGCAGCCAUGUGACCGGUUCCGCUCCAUCAUCGACGACGCCUGGUGGUUUGGGACAGUGCUCAGCCAGGAGCCCUACCAGCCUCAGUACCCUGACAGCCACUUCCAGUGUUACAUCGUCCGGUGGGACAACACUGAAAUCGAAAAGCUCAGCCCGUGGGACAUGGAGCCGAUUCCCGACAAUGUCGACCCUCCCGCAGAGCUGGGGGCCAGCAUUUCCGUCACUGCUGACGAGCUGGAGAAGCUGCUGUACCGGCCGCAGCCUGGCGAGUGGGGCCACAGGUCGCGGGACGAGGAGUGCGAGCGCAUCAUCGGCGGCAUAGACCAGCUCCUGAACCUCGACAUGGCGGCAGCUUUCGCCGGCCCCGUCGACCUGCGCGCAUACCCCGAGUACUGCACCGCGGUGGCUUACCCGACCGACCUCUACACCAUUCGGAUGAGGCUCGCCAGUCGGUUUUACAGGAGGCUGUCUGCGUUAGUCUGGGAGGUCAGGCACAUAGAGCACAACGCCAGAACAUUCAAUGAGCCAGGGAGUGUCAUCGCACGGGCAGCUAAGAAGAUAACUGACCAGCUUCUAAAAUUCAUCAGGAACCAAGAUUGUACAAAUAUCUCAGAAUUUUAUAACUCCUCUGAAAAUGAUGAGCAAAAUGCCGAGGAUUUGGAUGAUAGUGAUCUUCCUAAAACAUCUUCUGGGAGAAGGAGAGUCCAUGGUUGGAAUAAAAGCGACAUCAGAGCCACGGGCUACGUUGAAAACAACUGGAGGAAACAGUGCAAGGAGCUAGUGAGCUUGAUUUUCCAGUGUGAAGAUUCCGAGCCGUUUAGACAGCCUGUUGAUCUGGUGGAGUACCCGGACUACCGAGACAUCAUAGACACGCCCAUGGAUCUGGGCACAGUGAGGGAGACGCUGGAAGCGGGGAACUACGACAGCCCUUUGGAGUUCUGCAAAGACAUUCGGUUGAUAUUCAGCAACGCAAAAGCUUACACACCGAACAAGCGAUCGAAGAUUUACAGCAUGACCUUGAGACUGUCUGCCUUAUUUGAAGAGAAAAUGAAGAAAAUCUCUUCGGAUUUUAAAAUCCGCCAGAAAUUCAAUGAAAAACUUCGAAGGAGCCAGAGGUUCAAGAGACGGCAGAAUUGUAACCGUGCUGGCCAGGCGAGCAGGGCUGUCAGAAAUGCCAGGCCGAGGCGACCGACGUCUCAGAAGGCGGCCAGUCCGGAGUCGGCGGGCUCUCCUUCCCGGGCCGCCUCCAGCAGGAUGGCGAGUGCCGCCGGCCACGGGACCAAGGCCACCGACUCUUCGGACUCGCCGGGCUCCCCCGAGAGAGCGGGGAGAGACAGGCCUGUGCCUCUAGCCAACGGCUCUCUCUCCGAAAGUGAGAUGGACGAUUCCGGAGGCUCCUCUUCGUCGUCCUCUUCCAGCAGCUGGGAGGAAAGCAGGGCCGGCGCGGGGGCCGGUGACCCUUCCUCACGGAGCAGCUCGGCCAGGCCCGGCCCCCUCCGGCUGACCAGAACCCGGGCCGCCCAGAGGAAGGCCGGUGUCACGGCUCUGGAGAACGGAUGUGGCAGGAAAGCCACCCGGAAGAGAGUCUACCCGAGUGACUCCGAGUGCGACUCGCCCGGGCCGGGGCCGCAGGGCCGUGCGGGGAGCAGCCGCAAGGUGCUGCGGAGGUGCGCCGCGCUGGCCGCCAGCAAGAUCAAGCUCAUGAGCGACGCGGAGGGCGACUCGAGCUCUGAGAGCAGCUGCUCGGGCCGCAGGCUGCCCCCCCGGAACGCCGCGGCCGUGGCCAGGAGGAAGCUUCAGCUCAACUCCGAGGACGAGCGGAGCCCACGCUCCGAGCCGGAGCCCCACGAGCAGCCGCCGGCCCCCGCGCCCAGCCCCCGCGCCGCCGGCUCUGAGAACGGGGACUCCGAGUCGGAGAGCGACUUGCGGGUGGCCCGGAAGCACUGGCAGGCCGACGGCUGCAAGGCCCGCGCUCCGGCCGCCUGCAGAGCCAAGCUGCUCCAGAUCGAGUCGUCCGAGGAGGACUCUGCGGAGAGCCAGGCAUCUGGGCCCGGGCCCCGCACGACUGCCGGCCCCUCCACGUCUGGGCCGACACUGGGGACACAGAGCGCGGAGGAGGAGGAGGAGGAAGCACACUCCGGGCCAGGAAGAUGUACUGGCAGGAAGUCCAACCCGGAGCAUAAAAAUGCCACUUGCCUGAAGAAAGCAAAGGUCUUCAGUGACUCGGAGGCCUCCGCGUCUGAUCAGCCUGCCGGGGGGGACGGCCGGGGGCUGGGCCCGGAAGCGAAGCCGAGUCCGGGGACGGUGACGGUGACGGCGACGGCGACGGCGACGGCGACCCGGCAGCCUGCCGACGGGCCCCACUGCUUCUCCGAUCACGUGUCCGAGACGGAGCUGGAGUCGGAUGACGGGGGAGCGCGGGAACAGCCCAGCGGGGCUCUGAAAGAUUCUCUGUCACAAGACCAGGGGCCCAGCCGGAAAGGCCCCAGGAAAAGGGGGUGUCCCAGCGACUCCGACAGCAGCUCGCAGGCGGCCAAGAAGCCGGCGGCAGCCCCUCGGGGCUCCCCCAGGGCCCUGGCCUGUAGGAGGCAGCCGCUGAGCAGGGCCCUGGGGCGCCCGCGGGCCCGCCGGGGCAGAGAGAAGCUCCUGCGCUGCACCCACCGCAGCGGCGGCGGCGCUGGGAAGGAGGCGGCCGGCGCGGCCAAGGCACCCGAGGGUUCGGCUCACGGGGCAGCGCCCGGUGCCGGGGGCAGGGCCUGGGCCUCGGGCGACACGGGCUCGGACUCGGAAGGCACCCCAGCAGAGGCGGCUGCCCCAGAGAGGAAGACGUCAGAGGGAGGCCCCGGGAGCCUCGUUCCCCGGGGGCUGGCCGAGCCCCCCUCCGAGGACGAUGAGGAGGAGCAGCCCCCCUGCGGGCGGCGCAGGUGGAACGGCCGGCGGCCAAGGACCUGCGGGAAGGGCCCCCCGGGCCGGGGCCGGGGUCGGGGCCGGGGCCGGGGGGCGCGCGGGAGGCCGCCCUCGGAGCCCCCCGGGCCUCGGCUCCACACCAGUCCCCCGGCCGACUCCGAGUCGGGGUCCGGGACCGAGUCUGACACGACCUGUGCGGGUGACGCCAAAGCCAAGAAUCGGGCGGCCAGAGGCGGCCAGCCGGCCCGAGGGAGAGCAGCCGCGGUUGGUGGGGUCCAGCCGGCCGGGAGGCGGCCGCGGCAGAGAUGGCGGCAGCGACAGAGCAAGCGGCCGCCCGCCGAGGACGGCGACUGGGAGGACCUGGACCUCGCCCGCGCCAAGCGGGGCCCGCGCCGCUCCAAGAUCCGAACCAGGAACCAGGGCCGCAGGACCGUGCGCUACCACGACGGUGACGGCCCGGACCCCGCUGCCGAGUCCGACUCCAGCCCGUGACCCCGGGCCCGGGCGCCGUGGAGAUUGAGCGUUUUGUCCUUCGAUUCAGGGAAUAUAUUUAUAUUUUUCUAUGAAAAGUUGUGAAUGUGACGAAUCAUGACUGUUGCUCUCAUUUGCACUUGCCUUUGUAGCAGCACUCAGCACAGCUGCCAAAAGUCCCUUCCCGACACACAGUAUUGAGCUCGGCGGGGCGGGCGGGCGGGCGGGCGUUCAACACUAAGUGGCCUGCGGCUGGCACCAGUGAGCAUUACACCCGGGCGGGCACAGGGGUCACACGGCAUAGUCUGCUCGACCCCUGCCCUGCCCCGCCCCGCCCCGCCCUGCCGCACCUCGGGCCGUCUGGCCUGAGUUCAUAGAGCCUGCAGCCGGCAAGGCCCUGCAUCCUGGCACGGGGAGGUGCCCGCCCCUGGUCGUGCCGGCCCCGGCCACUCGAGUAGGGUGCAUUACACGGGACCCCGUCAUUCCCAGUAUCCUUUGCGACUUCCUUUCCAUACACUGUUCAUUUCCCCCCCCCCCCCCGCCCUCUUCGUUCCUUCCUUCCCUUCCUCUCCCCUUCCUCUCCCCUUCCUCUUUAUGUUCAAGGGAGAAAAAUCAUCAGUUUUCUUUUAUAAACUUGAUUUUGUAAAGUGCUGGUAAAUUAUUAUUAUUGUUUUCUUUUUUUUAGGUUUUGAUUAUAUUUUUUUCAACCUUUGAGGCCAGACCGCAAUCCUCCUGCUUUCUGUACACUAACAACCCGUGAUACGAUCGGUCUUCCCAGGAUCUUCUAAGUGAGGGAUCGAACCAAAAUCUUGGUCUUCCAUAGUCUCACUCUGUGAAGUCAGAGGAGUUUGUGUGCCUUAGAUAGAGGGGAAAGUGUGUUCUUUAUAAUAGAGUGUACAGGGCCCAAAAAAAAAAAAAAAGUAUUUAAAUUCUAUCUAGGUCUCUCCCCCCCCCCCCAGCUGUUUGAAAUUCUAGAGAGCAGAGUUUGAGUGCAAUCGCAGUCUCGUCUGUUGAAGCGGGUGGCGCCCACACCCACCGCCUCUGUCCUUGGCUGCCUGUCGCCAUGUGCCGUCCCCGGCGCUCUUGGCCUUGGCCGGGGUAGCUGUGCUUCUUCUUAGGAGCCACCCGACUUAAAUCUGAGAGAGAUGCUACGUUUUGUGAGACAUGAUUUUUCGAGUCCGUCUAAAGUGAAGCUGUGAUCACGUCACACACCUUCGGACAGAUUUUUCUUUUUCUUUUUUUCUUGAGCCAAAUAUUUUUACUUGACAGGUCGUGCCCCUCCGGUGGUGUAGCUGGCCCUUCCUAGCUCGUUUGUGCCUGAAAGAGAGACAGACUCAACUGGUUUACACGUUUUGUAGCUUGGGGGCAUGUGACAGUCCUCCCACCUUUGUCCGUCAGCCCAGCCUUUGGUUCCCAGACAGACACCGACGGACGCUUCUCUCCGUGGACCCUUGUGCGGGCCGACGGGGCAGACACGUCAGGCCCGUCCUCGGUGUUGGAGAACGCUCCCCGAAGUGUUCCUUCUCCCGAGCUGUCCCUCUGCCGCGGCCACGGACCUGACCGGCUGGGGUGGGCGGGGCCCGACCUCCCCUUUGGAAGUUGAGGAAGCCAUCACCGGUUCAACCCUGACGUGCUGCUUCUGCAAGCUGGCCGGAAGUGUGCGGGAGAAAGGUGGAUGGAGGGUCGUCGUCCUUGGCUGCUGGACUGGAGGAAAAAAGGAAAAAACAAAAACAGUGCCCUUCACUUCCCUGAUUUACAAAUGGUGAUAGCUGUCACACCCAUUAAUUCAUUCAAGCUCGUCUUAAACUUGUGUUUCCUAUCUAUUCUCAGGGUUACAACUCCGUGUUUACCAUCAGCAGCAAAAGGUACACCAGCCGGUCUGUGAAUGCGGCAGGCCACAAGUACAGAGCUGCUCUCGGUAAAGCGGCGCUUUGACCGCUGGGGCUUCUCCGGUAGAACCAUUGUUCUUUUGGACUUGACUGGGUGGCUCGGCCAAUGACUUCAAGUUUUCAUUCUGAGCAAAAUGAUGAGACCCUUGUGUAUAGAAGCGGUAUUUUGGCUUUAGCUUGGGCAACGAGAAGAGAAAAGAAAGAUUAGCCUGGUGGUUGGUUCUGAAAACAUGGUUAGCAACGGUAGCUUCUCAAGUUCGGACAUAAAACCGAGGGAUAACAGCCCUUUUGUUGGUGGUUUUGCUUUUUUUUUUUUUUUUUUUUUUUUGGUUUGUUUUGUUUGGUUUUUGGUCAUGGUGCUAUUACUGAGGUUCACUUUGAAUAUGACACACAUACACACACACACUCCUGAGUACCUUAAAGUUAAUAAUUAAUCGUUGCAAAUGUUUACAUUGAGCACUAGAGCAUGCUUGACUUUUGUCUAUUCUCCUUUUGUGAGGGGCACAGGGAUUACGACGACGCACAGGUGUACUUUAUGGGGAUCAGUGUGGGCUGGCGUUUGUGUGAGGAAAGGAGACGGAAGGUUGCAGGUGGAGUGUGAACUGGCCCAGUUGCUCUGGCUUCCCACUGCACUCGGAGUGACUUGAUGGUACAUAUAAAGACAAGACUACUGUGACUGCGGAUGUCCAAAGUCCUAUGACUUUCUCCAUUUAUGGCUUUAAAAAAAAAAAAAAAGUUUGGAGUAUUUAGAUUUGACGGCUGAUUCUUCUGAAAGAUUUUACCAAGCUUAUUCAGAAAAGAUUUCAGACAAAGAAUAGGUGAGGUUUAUAAAGUAUCUUUUUCAUAUCCUACUUACUGUAUUGACAUUGUGUAGUCACUUCUAAAUAAAAAAAAAUUUAUCCCA